ACUCUUGUUACCAAAGAUGAUAUGGCCUCAGAUGAUAAUUUAAAGCUUCCAACUAAAAUCAAAAUUAUUAUUAACUAUGAUUCUUUUUGGAAUUCUCUUACAAUAUUACAUAAAUUACUUUAUCCUUUUUGUGGAGCUCUUGAUCUUAUGCAACAUGACAAAGCUCACCUUCAUAAUGUUUUAUAUACCUUCGAAUGGUUAAAAGACUUGAAAAAAGGAGUAUGGUUAUCAUAUUAUUAUAAAGUUUGGUUUGAUACUGAGCCAAAUUGUUUGUUUUGUGAACUUGAACUUUAUAAACAGCAAAAGUAUUCUUUUACUAAAAAAACUUUUAGCUAUUUUAAAGGAGAUAUAGUUCUUUGGUGGUCUUAUAAUUCUGGUGCUGCACCAGAACUAUGUCAUGUUGAUACAAAAGUUGUUGCAAUGAGUCAACUCCAUGCUAAAAUCUUACGAGCUCAUAAAAAAAAGAUCAAACCUAAUUAUA